AUGACGAACAUACCAAAAAUAGUCCUCGAGGACAACAGGAGUGAACAGGAGUUGAUUUCGUCACUGAGAAUGGCGUCGGAACUAGGAUUACCGGCUUCGAGUAUGCCGAAUUUAUCUUUAGAACGGUUUGCAGAGAUUCAGUCUGAUGAAACGGGCAAAUUAGGAGUGUACUGUUCUCCCAGGACAACGAGACGAUCUGUGGAUCUGGACGCUAAAAAGGAAUACGAGUGGUUGGAGAAUAUCGACUCGACUAAUUCGUUACGUGUGUUGGGAAGUUCGAGUCGGACAGGGAGUGCUUUAUCGUUGAACAGUGAGUGUACAGCCAGGAGUAUUGGACUCCUAUCGAACGAUUCUUCAAGUGAAAGCAAUAAUUCUAUAGCUGAAAAAUUCGCCGAUUCUUCCUUGGACAAACAACCUCAGUUACGUCGGUACAUGUCACAUCCGGAAAAAGAUUGUGAAAGUCCGGAAAUGGGCGUAACUAGGAGUGUUCAGUCAUGCGUAAAUUUAAAGGGAGAGCAAGAAGCAACCGGAAGUGCUCAUAUGCUUAGUAACGAUAUCACUGCUAAGAAACUUGCUCUGUUACCUUCAGACUCUACAGAUGAAUUAGUGGGCGAUCCGAAUUCGGAAAAAAUUUCAAAAUUUGCAGAUCCAAGCAAGUCUCAUAUCGUGUCGUAUAAACGGGGUGAGAAGUGUUUACGAGAAGGUCGGAUAAGACGAUGGCUAGAGGAUAUGGAUAAAUAA